CGGGGGGUGCCACACAAGGUCAGGGCCCAGCCGUGCCCCACGUCACUUACCCCACACUGCCUGCCAGCCCCCCCCCAGACACCCGACAGGGCCAGGGUCUGCUGCCCCCAGCCCCCCUCCGGGCCCGGCCCCUUGCCUCCCUCUCCCUGGGUAUUUCAGGGGUGCAAGCAGACCCCCUCCCCAAACGGGGCUGGUCCCGCUGGAGCCCCCCCCAGCUGCCCAGCGCUGCCAGCUGUAACCGCAGCCAGGCCGUAACCCAACUCCCUCGUGUCUGGUGUCCCCCGCUCCGGGCGCCGCGGCUGGUGCCGAGAUGCGGCAGGCGAGGACGGGGCUCCGGGAGCGGCAGGUCUGGGGGUGGCCGAGCUGAUCUCGGUGGGGGAGAGACCCUCGAACGCGGCCGUCCCCCGUCCAGGUGCCACGGGGCUGAGGCUGGAGCCACCAUGAAGAGCCUGAAGGCCAAGUUCAAGAAGGCGGACAGCCAGGACUGGACCAAGAAUGAUGAGAAGCUCCUGCAAGCUGUGGACUACAACGAUGCCGGGAGGGUGACAUCUCUUCUCGUCCGCAAAGGCCUGGUCCCCACCAAGCUGGACUCGGAGGGCAAAUCUGCGUUCCACCUGGCCGCCAUGCGGGGGAACGUGGACUGCCUCGAAGCCAUGCUGGCUCACGGCGUGGAUGCCAUGACCAAGGAUAGCUCGGGUUACACUGCCCUGCACCUGGCGUCCAAGCACGGCCACCCGCAGUGCGUCAGCAAGCUCUUGCAGGCCUCCUGCCCCGUGGACGUGGCCGACGGCAGCGGCCGAACAGCGCUGCACCACGCAGCGGUCAGUGGCUGCAUCUCGUGCUCCGAGAUCCUCUGUGAUUUCAAGGCUCCCUUGAACGUCAAGGACAAGGAUGGCUUCACGCCGCUGAUCCUUGCUGCUAAGAUGAGCCACUCAGAGCUGUGCCGGUACCUGCUGCACCGCGGGGCGGCUGUCAACAGCCGGGACCUGCAGGGGAGGACGGCCUUGAUGUUGGCCUGCGAGAACGGCAGCGUGGAGACGGUGGAGGUGCUCGUCAACGCCGGUGCCCGGGUGGCCGUGGUGGACUCCACAGGUCACGAUGCCACGCACUACAGCCUGGCCACGGGCAACGCUCUCAUCCAGCACUUCCUGCAAGAGGCUGCUCAGCGCCGGUCCUGGGCCAGCGAAGAGGAGUCACCCGAGCAGACGUCCCAGACGUCUUCGCCCAGCCAGUCGUCCGUCAGGGAGAAGAACAGCACCCCGAGGAAGAGGAAAGCCCCUCUGCCUCCCCUGGGCACCCCCAGCCAGGAGGACCGGGACGCCUACGAGGAGAUUGUACGGCUGCGGCAGGAGCGGGCCCAGUUCUUGCAGAAGAUCCGGGGCUUGGAGCAGCAGGAGAAGCAGAGACGGGAGCGGGCAGAGCUGGACGAGGGCUCCCGGCGCUCAAUGGAGAAGCAGAUCCAGGAGCUGGAGGAGCGGCUGGCGGUGCAGGAUGGUGAGAAGGAGCGGCUGGGCAAGGAGGUGGAGGCUCUGCGGAGCCGCUUGUCCUCACUGGAGAACGAGAAGGAGAACACGAGUUACGACAUCGAGACAUUGCAGGACGAGGAGGGAGACCCGCUUGAGUUCCCAGGGGCAGAGCUGCUGCUCUCCAAGAAGACGCUGAGCCCCUCGGCCGAGGAGCUGCUGGCCACGCUGCAGGGGCAGGUGCAGUCCCUCACCGUGCAGAACAAGGAGCUGCGGGAGAAAAUACAGGUGCUGGAGAACUACGAGCGGGACGAGAGCAACCCAUCCAUCCCCGGGGACUUCGUGCCCGCCAGCCUCUACAACGCUCUCCAAUGCGAGCUGGAGCGGUUGCGGGCGCAGCGCUUGGAGCCACCGCGGAGCACGGAUGCGAGGGACGAGGCCGGUGGGCAGCCGGAGGGACAGACCGGUGCCUCGGAGCGAGCCCCGGAGCGAAUCGGGGAGGGCAGUGCCGCGCAGCGGCUCACCGAGGAGCCAGCCUGGACCUGGGGCAAGUGCAAGGCGGCGCUGGGCGAGCUGCGGGUGCUACGCACGCAGACCUCCUCUUCCACGGCCGAGCGGGAGGCCGGCGCUGAGCUGGCGGAGGCCCGGGCAGCCCUGCGGCAGGCGCAGGCGGCGCUGGAGGAGCGGGAGCAGCGGGUGAAGGAGCUGCAGGCCCGUUUGGAGGCUGGUGCGGAGGCCGUGGAAGUGACGACGGCCUCCCUGGGGGCCUCCUUGGAGGAGGCGUCGAGGGAGAAGGAAGCCUUGCUGGAGCGUUGCGGCCGGGCGGAGGCAGAGGCGGAGGCCCUGCGGCGGGAGCUGGAGGCCAAGGCGCGGGACUGGCGGGCAGCGGGCGGCCCCGAGCCGGAACCGGGGAUGUUGGAGCGACGGGUGGCGGAGCUGGUGCGACAGCACGAGGAGGUGACGGCCCAGCUGGGGCAGCUGCGGGAGACUCUGGGUCGCAGGGAGGCCGAGCUGGGCACCCUGCGGGAGCAGCUGGCCGCCCGGCCGGUGGGGCGGCGGGAGCACGAGGAGGCCCUGGCGCGGCUGCGGCAGGCGCAGGCGGAGGCCGAGGGCCGGGUGCCGCGGGAGGAGCACGCCCGGGCCACGGCGGCGCUGGAGGAGAAGGCGCGGGCGCUGCGGGAGCGGGCGGCACAGCUGGAGGCGGCGGCGGAGGCCAAGGGGCGCGAGGCCGCCCGGCUGGAGGCCGAGCUGGCGGCGGCGGUGCCGCGAGGAGAGCACGAGGCGGCGCAGGCGGGGCUGCGUGCCGAGGCGGCGGCGCUGGCCCAGCGGCUGAGCGAGCUCUCGCGGCGGCACGAGAAGACGUGCGAGGAGGUGUUCCGGGUGCAGCGCCAGGCGCUCUUCAUGAAAAGCGAGCGGCAGGCGGCCGAGGAGCGUCUGGCCGCCGCGCAGAAGCAGCUGGCGGAGGCGCAGGACGAGGUGCGGCGGCUGCGGGAGCUCCACGGCCACGCCGAGGACUCGGCCCGGCUGGUCAGGGACAGGGACAGGAAGAUCACUGAGCUCUCCAAGGAGGUCUUCAGGCUGAAGGAAGCCCUGAAUGCCCUCCCCGAGUCCCGGGGGCCACCGCAGUCACCCCCCGACAGUACCGCGCUCCAGGCCAGGAUCCGAGCGCUGGAGGAGAAGCUGGCGGAGACAGAAAUGCGGCACAGCAAGGUGGUGACGCUGUACCGGAGCCACCUGCUCUACGCGGUGCAGGGCCACAUGGACGAGGACGUGCAGAGACUCCUGUGCCAGAUCCUGCGGAUGCAGCGGCUGCAGGAGCAGGGCAGAUGAGCCCCUGCCAGCACGGCAGUGCCGCAGGGGUCGGUGGCAUGGCCAGUGAGACAGCUGGGGGGCCAGGCCCGUGACAGCACCCUCUGUGCCCCUUUGCUUCUCUGGGCAGCACCCUGUCACUGGCACACGCACCCCUGCACCCACCCGGCCCUGGGGGGCCUGUGCCAGCCCCCCCUGCUGCCCCACGCACCCCAGCCCAGCAGCAAUAAAGUAUUUAUA